AUGCCGAGAUGCAAUCAGCAAUCACCUCUCCGCGUUGGCAACAGCCGCCUCCACGGCCUCUUGCAAGUCAAAGUGAAAGUACGGCCGGUUCAGGCCGUGGACGGCAACAAGACGAGCGCUGCCAGGGUUCUUGGGCACAUCGUUCUCGGAGCCCGAAGCGGGCCAAAUCUCAGACUCGGGAGCCACCUUGCUCUCGAGGUCAUACGAGCCACGGCCAGUCUUCUCGUCCAGGGCCGCAGCCUUGGCCGCGCUGUCAGCACCGCCGAGGUCGGCAAUGCUGAAGAUGGUCUUCCAGUGUCCAGCGCCCUCGCCGGCCUUGGGCUUGGGAGAACGGUACCCGAAGCCAGCAGCGGCCAGAGCACGCUUCGUCCAGCGGUUCUCGAUAUGCGCAAAGUGCCAGUCCACGGUACCCGGGGCAGCGUAGCGGUCCAGCUGGUUGCGCACGUCAAUCAGCGCCUGGGCGGCAGUGACAUCAAUGUUGUUCACCGUGGAAAAGUCAAGGACAAUGGCCUUGAGAAUUGGCCGGGUGUCGUCGACGGGCUCCUUCAGGGCAUUACGUGGCGUAGGGUCGUUCCAGGCACGAUCCUAUCGCGCAUCGUUAGUCAAUUGAAUAGAAUAAAGCAACGUGCCACAACUUACGCCAACUUUGCCGACAAGUGCAAUAUCGGUUCUGCGAGUCUCCUUGAAAAUGGUCGUCGUGAGGUGGUUCAGGUAGCGCGUCGCGUUGGGGUAGUUGAAGCCUUCGGCGAAGCGGUACACGUAGACACCAGGAUACGGGCGCUGAAGAUCGAUUCUAGGGUUGGAGCCGUCUUCGUGGUCAAGUGGCAGGAAACCAGUUCGGAGCGACUUUUCGGAAUCUCCAACGAGGGUGUCCUCAGUACCCAGGCCGGUCACGGAGCCGUUAGGAGACGUGGCGACAGUGCGGAUGCGGGCAACGCCAAGGAAGCGACCGCGGCUCAGGAACAAGCGCCAAAUAACAACAGCAAAGGAAAUGCAGACUGUGGUGUAAAUGCCAUUCUCAAUGGUGGUGAAGAUGGUCACCAGGACACCGGCGAGGAAAAUGACAACUUCGAGAGGCGAGACACGCCAGAACUGCAGAAUCACCUUGGGAGGAGUAAUGACGUCGCCGACAGCGUGGAUGAUGACACCAGCCAGCGCAGCGUUGGGAAUGUAGUAGAAGACGGUCGUCAGAGCGUAGACGGCGAGAAGGACAACAAUGGCAGUGAUGACACCGGCAAAGGGCGUGCGUACACCGGCCUUGGAUUUGAUGGCUGUGCGGGAGAAGGAUCCGGUAGCAGGGUAGGCUCCGAGAAAAGGUCCAAGCAGGUUGCUCACACCGAUGGCGACAAGUUCCUGCGAUGGGUCGAUGACAUAGUUGUUGACACGGCCAAACGACUUGGAAAUGGAAAUAUGCUCAAUGAGCAUGACAAUGAUGGCGGCAGGAAGUUCCGAAGCAAAGGCGCCGAUGAUUUCAGAACAAUCCUGGAGUGGUCGGUUAUGCACAAGCCGCUCGCUCUUACCUCUGGGAACAUCCUUGAUGAGAGAAAACUUGAGGUGCUUCUUGUGGCGGGGAACAUUGACGGCGGCACUAAUGGCAGUGUAGAGGAGAAUGACAAAUGCAGUGCGCAAGGUCGAGAUGAAGAAGAAGGUCUUGGCCCGGUGCGGCUGCUUCUUGGCCAUGUAGGUGCAGAAGCCACGAAUCAGGUAGAGCAUGAGAAGCGAGGUCAGGCCCAGGGCCGCAUCAAUGUUGGAAUGCGGCAGCCCCUUGAGGGUGUCGAUGAUGACGCGGUAGGGGGCGUUGCGGGUGUUGAUCUUGGGGAUGCCCAUGAGCUUGGAGACCUGGCCGGCGAUGAUGUUGACGCCGGAGCCCGUCAUGAAGGCGCAAAUGGCGGGCAGGGGGAUGACCUCGACGAUCCAGCCGAGGCGGGCGAGUCCCAUGAAGAGGAUGAUGGCGCCGCAGAUGAUGGCGAGGGCCGAGGCGACAACGUGACCCUCGACGUGCGGCAGGACAUCCUUGGCGUGGAGAACAAUGUUUCCGGUUACCUGGGACAUGACGGCGACGGGCUGCGCGCUUCGUACACCAAUGGUGAUGUCCUUGGAGGUGGCAAAGAACCAGUAAAUCAGGACACCCAUGAAGGACGAGUAGAGACCAUAUUCGACGGGGAGCUGGGCAAGCAAGGCGUAGGCCAUACUUUGCGGGACGACGACGGCGCCGACGGUGAUGCCUGCGAUUUCUUGGUGAGGCGCACCAGCAACAAGGUCACCAACAAGCCAAGUGACGUUGUAUUUGCCAAUCCAUUGGAUAAAGGGAAACAGGUUGUAUACGUAGAGGCCAACAGCCCGCCUCGAGGGUGUGAUUUCCUGGAAAAACUCGGCCACGGUAGGCUCGCGCUCGAUGAAGAGAUCGGCGUUGGUGAGGGAGGGGAUAUCAUCGUCGGCAUCGCGGUGCUGCGAGUCGAACGCGCGCUGGAGGCGCGCUUUGAUGCCGGCCAUGGUAGCAAUUAUAGCCAAGUCGGUAACGCAGCUGCCAAAGAGGUGUAUCGACUUGUGACAAGUAAGAAGAAGAAGAAGAAACAAGAACCGCUUCAAAGACUAGAGGCGGGAAAAUAA